ACAGCGCAGUACAAUUUCCGCCCCGUAUUUAACUUCCUUGUGUUUAUCCACUUUUCUCAAAUUCAGUAAAAUGGAUACGAAUUUUCGUCCGAUUAAGUCGUUUCUUGGCAUAUUCUGUUUCGCUAUCCUGGCGCAUCUCAUUCAAGCUUCAGAAGCUCUGCUGUGUCCACGAACCAACGCUGUGCCAUCACGUCAUUGCACGGAUGAAUGCAUAGUACAAGUUGGGUGUCGUAAUUCCAGAAAGAAGUGCCUUUGCGACGGCGACUGCGGAUACAGUUGUGUCUAUCCCAACAUACGUUGUUCACGACCCAGAAGGAUUAGAAAUGGAAGAGUAACUUGGAAUCAACAAUAUCGAUUCAGCGGUACCCAAACAGUCAAAUGUAAUCCUGGUUUUCAGCUGUCGGGAUCUGUGAUAAGAACAUGUCGCGGAAACGGAUACUGGGAUGGAAAACAAGCAAGAUGUAAAAGGUUGCAAAAUAAUUGUCAGGAUCCUGGAACGAGCGAUUUGCUGUUGCGUACAACUAAAAGAAAGAAAUCAUACAAACCUGGUACCAGGUUAAACUUCUAUUGUCCACACAAAUUUUCUCUAAGGGGAUCAAGAUCUAUAGUUUGUGGAAGAGAUGGGACAUGGUCAGCCUCCGUACCAAAGUGUGUUGCCCAAAAAUGCACGAAAGCAGUUUUGCCUGCCCACACGUAUGUGCGAAUACCUAGCAACUGGGAGAGCCGACGUGAAUAUGGCGUACGCUUCAGUUUGUCAUGUGACCAUGGCUAUACCUCAAUUCAACGCGGCACGUUGCUAUGCGACGUUCCUGAUUGGCAACUUGAACCCAGUACCUUCAAAUGCUUCCCGAAAAGCUGUCCUAAUCUUGGAAGACCAAGAAAUGGAGAUAUAAGGGGUUUAUUUCAUUUUAAGGAGAAAGUUUAUUACACAUGUAAAGAUUGUUAUGAGUUAAGAGGACCUUCAUACCGGGUUUGUCAAGCGGAUCAGACUUGGUCUGACACAGAACCUACUUGCGAGCCGGUCAGAUGCAGCUUUCUUCAAAAUCCAACUAAUGGCUAUCUGACCUCAAACUCACAGCAGUGCAACAGCAUUGUUGAGUAUCAUUGUGAUCAUGGAUAUAAUUUGAAUGGAUCACCCAGAAGGCGCUGUCAGAGCGAUGGCACGUGGAGUGGAGAUGAAGCAACUUGUGAAGCUAAACGUUGUCGGGAUCCAGGCACAUUAUUAAAGGGAAGAUUCGAAGGAGAUUUAGAAGUCGGAAAAACUAUUAAAUUUUCGUGUGAUGACUGUUACAAACUGCUCGGCAGCUCAACCAGGACAUGUAAAUCUGAUCUAACCUGGACUGGCCAACAGCCUACUUGCAUUGCUGUUAGAUGCAGCCGAUUGCAAAGGCCAAGGAAUGGACGAAGCGUUGUAUUUUCCACCUUUUGCGGGAGAUCUACAGAAUUCCGAUGUGACCCUGGUUAUCAAUUAAGAGGCUCAUGGAAAGUAACCUGUCAGGUUGACGGAACCUGGUCUGCAGGAACUCCACUUUGUCUCCCAGUCAGAACUGAUCCACCAAAUAAACUAACAACUGCAGUCAUGACUACGAUACCUACUAUCUUCAGCACAAGUGCGAAUCCAACUCUACCAAAAACUACGUCCAUGGUUUUAAAAUCGACUUGUGGACAUCCUUCUCUCCCGCAAAACGCAAAAAUACACCUGCACCGAAAAAAUAUCUUACUGAUUGGAUGCAAAGAAAAUUAUGUCAGCCUAAAGUUUGGCUGGCUCCAAUGUAACUUAAAAAAACGUCAAUGGACUAUCAAGCAACGUGCAAAAUGUUUGGCAAAAAGUUGUUCAGAUCCUGGUGCUCCUAUGCAUGGCUAUAAACAGGGUGUAUCAUACUUCAUUUCCGAUGAAGUGACUUUUGGUUGUGACCAUUGUUAUCGUUUGGUUGGCAGUUCAAGGAGGACAUGUUUGAAAAAUGAAACUUGGAGUGGAACCCAACCAACUUGCGAAUUAAUAACAUGUCCUACGCUCAAAAACACAGACAACGCUACUGUUGAGCAAUCAUCUCGUUCAUGCAAUGAAAAAGCCACAUAUACUUGUAGAGAUUCCAGACUAACUAUUUUGGGUUCUGGUCAAAAAAUUUGUAACGAAAGCGGAAUGUGGGAAGGCGCAGAACCAAAGUGCAUCUACUCGAAUCCGAACAUAGCGCUUGGAAAACCAACCUCAAUAUCUUCUUUUGACCCAGAAUGGGGCGGACCAGGAAGAUUUGCAGUUGAUGGUAAGAGAGCAGGAACAAUGUUCCAUACGAAAUGGGAAAUUGCACCAUGGUUAAGAAUCGAUUUACAAAGAGAGGAAACAAUUUCAACGGUAAUCGUGGUUAAUCGUCGAGAUUGCUGCGUUCGUAGAAUGAAUGAUUUCACGGUUUCUGUUGGUAACAAUGGCACUGAAAUACGAAAUAAUGCUGCAUGUGGUGGACGCUCCAAAGCUCGAGUUGGACCUAUGAUUAUCGAUUGUCGCAAACCGUUGCGUGGUAGAUAUGUUUCUGUGUAUUUGCCAUUUACAACGUACCUGCGUACGAUGAACCUGGUUGAAGUCGAAGUGUAUAGACUAGGAACAAUUGAAUAAACUUGUAAUUUCACCCAAGUCUUUUACCUUCUGUAAAUUGAGCAUAUUUUCAUGGGCGUACCUGCCUAUCAAUUUUGCCUUGAAAUUUUUCUAGUUAUAUUAUAAUCCCUGCAAUUUAAAAUGAAUUAUAUGCGUUUGCUA